UGUAGUCCUGUAUGUCAUUUCUAUUGCCAAGAGAGGAACACUGUUGAACAGACAGACAAGGACAGAGCUAUCACUACUGAGGGAUACCAGCACAGAGACUGAGAACCAGCACACAACUGCACAAAGUGCACAAGGUUUUACGCGUGUAAACAUGGAUUGUGAAAAAUUCAGUCGCUUACUCCAGUCUGAAAAUCUAAGAGACUUAGGAGAUUCUCUGAUAAAGAGUGAUGACUGUCCUGUCAAGAACGAAGAUGAUCACAAGAACUCACUGAAACCAAGAACCUCCAGACCCAAAGGGAAAUGCAAACAAACUCAGACAUUGUUAGAAAUGACCAAUCAACAGUUAGAGCAGUACAAGCAUUCCCCAGAGACUGAGCUAGCAGAGCUAGUAUGUAGUGCCUGCAAGACAGAGAACUUCUCAGAGCUCACGGAUUAUUUAGAGGUGGUGGUUGCUGUGGACCCUUCAGUGAUCAAUGAGACAGACAGUGCAGGAAUGACAGCCCUUCAUUUUGCAGUGUCCUGUAAACAUCUGCAUGUAGUAAGCAUGCUGAUGAAAUAUGGUGCUGACAUAAAAAUUCCUGAUGGACUUGGGUUCACUCCCUUGUUUCUGACCACAGGGCGUUAUCCAUGUGAAAAAGUGACAGAAUUUCUGCUGAAACAUAGCGAGGUUUCUGAUGUCAACCACCAGACCAGAACAGGGGCCACUCCCCUCCACGGGGCUGCUCUGCAGGGAAAUCUGGGUUGUAUCAAGUUGCUGCUGGAACAUGGAGCAGAUCCAAAACUGGAAGAUGAAGAUGGCACCACAGCACUGGAACUGGCCAAGGACAGUGCAACAAAAUCAGUGCUUCAUAUGUACUUAAUCCAGUCAGAUAUCAAACGAGAUACUGUUGAUGCUGUAUGUGUGCAGUGUAAACAGAUUCCAAAAGAAGGUCUAAAGCGCUGUGGGGCGUGUCAUGUGACCAUGUACUGUGGCAAGGCAUGUCAGGUUCGUCACUGGCGAGAGGGAGGACACAAGAGAAAUUGUCCAGGUUCAGUGAUUGCCAGACCAUUUCGUUUAGGAGAGGACCCAAGCCAAAACUGUGUACAGGUGUCAUUUUACAGGGUCAUGGGGUCAAACAAGCCAAAUGUCAAGGUCUUCAAAAGGACAGCAAAGGAUGCUAUCCAGAAAAUGAAAUUCAUAGAGAGGAAAAGAUUUGUGGUCAAAGUUCAGCUUCCUCUAAAUGCUGUGGGUGAUAGUGAGAUGAUGGUGUACAAUGCAGACAGAACUGUCGAAGGAUAUGUCUAUCCUAAUGAACCAGGGUAUUUAAACCUGCAGAAGAGGAUUCAAGUGGAUGGAUAUCGCGGAAUUAAGGCAUUUUUCUGGGCAGAACUAACAGAUAAAAAUGACGGCACCUUCCGCAUCUUUGGUGGAAAAUGUGCUCCCUAUCAGACUUGGUGAAAAAAUGGCUGAAAGAAAUUAUACUCCUUGUUGACCUGGGGAAAAAAUAAUGUUAAUAUCACAGAUAAUUAAGGUGAUCUUACUAUAGUUUGAAGCAAGCCAUCUACAUGACUUUAAAUUUGGAAGCAACAAAUCAGUAGUGAUGAGAAGAAAAAGAUUCAUACAUUGUAUACAUGUCUGUUCUAGUUUCAUAUUAAUUCAACUUCUUGGGAAAAGAAGCUUUAGUUGAAAGGACAAAAUUUUAAAUCAGCAUGCAAUUGAUAAGUAGCUUCAAGAAAUUUGUUAUUAGGUAUAUUAAAUGCAAAGCGUAUUAUGACAAUUACAUGUAUUUUUGAAAAGUGCAAAGCAGCAGUUUAUUGAGCAGUGCUUAUUUUACACUUGUUCAUUUCUUUACUUCUAUUACAAAGUUGUAGAUUUUUUCUUUUUACAUUUAUUUAGAAGAUUCAUUUAUACAAGGUUACUGUUGUAAUUUUUCUAUAUACAUGUAAUAAUUUGUAAUUUUUUUCUACUAAUAGUAUGCAGAAAGAUUUGUUUUUAUAAUAAGAUUUGUUACAAAAUACCCCAUAAUUAAUGGGAUGCAAUUGGUUUACCAAAGUAAAAACAUUUAGAGCAGAAUUGAUUUUGUGUGUGAACCUCUUCUUUCUUUCUAUGAUAAUU